AUGAGUGACGGAACCUUGUCUGUAGAGGUAGAGUUUAGUGGGGGAUUAGAGUUACUUUUCGCAAACCAGAAGAAGCAUUCCCUCUCUAUUCCUAGCAGAAAUGACUGCGGAGAACCGUCAAACGUAGCUUUCCUUGUGACCUAUCUCUGCGACAAGGUCAUGAAGGAUCCAAGGAAGGACAUGUUCGUUCUUGACGGUACCGUACGUCCAGGAAUCUUGGUCCUUAUCAACGAGGCGGACUGGGAGUUGGAGGGCGAAGAUCAGUACGAGUUGCAAAAAGGCGAUCACAUCAUGUUUGUGUCUACACUACAUGGAGGGUAG